CGGGAAAUGGCUGACCUGCGCCUGUUCUCGCGUCCUUUCAUUACAGAAUUGAUCGAGCUAUACAAAAGUUUUCCCUGUCUGUGGCAGGUAAAUGCGAAGGAAUACACGGACCGUACGAAAAGAAAGGCCGCCUACGAUGCGUUGGUCAGGAAGUACCGUGAGGUAGACAAAUCUGCAAGCAAGGAGGAGGUGAAGAGGAAAAUUUAUGGGCUAAGAUCAAGCUAUCGGCGCGAGUUGAUCAAAAUGAAGAAGUCCAUUCGGACGGGAGCCACCUUGGAGGAUGUGUACAAGCCAACGUUGUGGUAUUUCUAUUUGUUCGAUUUUUUAAAUGACCAAGACAACAUGGUGAAGGAACCGACGAGCACUACGGACGAGUGCCUAGAUGAUACAAAGGAAGAAGUAAUAGAGUACGACGAAGAAUGUGACUUUAUCGAGCAUUAUGCAGAUGAUCUCGUCGGUGAGGAUCAUCAUGAGCUGGACGAUGUUAGUUCCGAGAGUGAUAAAGAUGAUGCAAUCGAUCCCAUUAACUGUGAUACAAUGUCUGAGUAUACUUCUGUUUCUUGCCGAUCAUCCACUGCACCGAGCACGUCACAAACGUACAUUACCGCUAAAAAGCGGAAACUUAGUUCAGCAAACCAGAAAGAAGAUCAAGUUCAAAUUGAACAUGCUCUGAAACAAGCCAAGGAACAAAACAUUCCGCCUUCAAAGCCGACGAUCCUCAGCAGUCAUCAAGAAGAUCAGUUCGACGUGUAUGGCAAGCUCAUAGCGCAUAAGUUGCGUUCAUUCGACAAGCUACAGGUUACCUUCUCGCAGCGACUCAUCAACGAGAUUCUAUACGAAGCCGAAAUGGGAUUUCUAACACGAAACUGUAAGGUGGUCGAUAUGGGCAGCCAUGGGCAGGAUGAAUAGGGUUUU